AUGAAUCCCAAACUUGGCAAUCGUAUCUGGAAUGAAGAGAUCUUUGGCCCUGUGAUGACCAUCAAGACCUUCAAGACGGAGGAAGAAGAGAUCGAACUCGCCAACGAAACUACAUACGGCUUGGCUUCGACGAUCUACACUUCUUCAUCGACACGUGGUCUCCGCGUAGCUUCGUCUAUUGAGUCUGGCGGCGUGGCGAUCAACUCACCUUUCUUCCCUGAACCUCAAACACCCUUUGGCGGAAUGAAGGAGUCUGGCAAUGGACGCGAGUUGGGCGAGGAAGGUCUCACGGCAUAUCUUGAACCUAAAAGUAUUCAUAUUAAGUAA